AUGCAUUUAACUAAAUGCUUUUUGGAGACUAAAGAUAAUAUUCAAAUAUCGGCAGCUUCUUUUUAUGAUUUUGUCCCUCGUUGGCAAACAUUAGUUGAUGGAGAAGCUCUUUUACUUUUACAUAAUACAAAAAAGCAUGCAGUUCUUGACUUGAAAAGGAAUAUUUUACACGAUAUUAAAGAAGAACAUCUUCCAAAUAAUUUUAUUUCACAUGGAUUCUUCUUUCCUAAAGCUACAGCAAAUGAAUUAAUUAAACUUGGUUAG